AUGAUCUUCAUCAUCUUCUCAGCAUUCUUGAUCGGCUCAGCUAGCGCUGAAAUCGGCAGCGACUUGAACUGUACUGUCUUCAAUGGAACCGCGUUCGUUUACGCCCCGUCGGCUACCAUUUGCAAAAACGCAAUUUCCGAUGCCAGUUGUGCUUCUCUGUUCGCACCAGCAGCUGCUACUGACCCACUCCCGGCGGCUGGAACUGACGCUGCUCGACCAUUCAAGUGCUACAGCACUGCUACAGCUACUCCGGCUCCAAUCGACGCGGGACUCAAGGAUUCCGCUUUGAAGCAAUGCGCGAAACACUGCGGAUUCUGCUGUCAGACCGAUGCUUACAAUUGCCCGAACAAAGCUCAGCCAGGCAUGAACUGUGACGCCAUCACCCAAGAUCAAUGCGACGAUCCGAAAUGGCGUGUCGAGAUCGCCAAGGAAUGCCCGGCGGCCUGUGGAAUGUGCAAUGAGGGUGGAUGUGUCGACGCCGUCCAAAAUUGCGCCAACGACAUCACCAUCUGCAAUAGUAUCACUAUGCAGACAUUUGUCAACGCCAACUGCCAGAGAACCUGCAACCGAUGCUCUGCGGCCACAACGCCAAGCACUGGCGGAUCAACAGGAGGAGCUUGCGGAAAUGAUCUUCCAAGCUGCGCCGCAUGGGCUAGAAACGGAUUCUGCACCAAUAGCUUCUACUCGGCCUCUGCGAAAAGAGCUCGCUGCCCAAGAGCCUGCAACCUCUGCUAA